CCAGGGAGCGGAUCGUUAAUGCGGUUAAAUUGCGCUUUCAGGGAAUAAACGCAGCGCCACUGUCAGUGCCCUGAACUAACACGGGAGCCCGAGGAAGACCACCAUUCAUUGCCAAUGCGGGAUUAUUGCUUUAAAGUCGAGAGAAUUGCCCUGGCGAGCCACGGUUGUUUUUUUUCUCUCUCUCUAUCUUUUUUUCCAGUUGGAUCUCUCUCCAUACAUAUAUUUUUGAUCAGUACUGCAAAGUUGGUACUUUCAGGUCAAUCACUUUUUAUUGGCUUUUAAACCGUCCAGAUUAACUUCAAGCAACGCCGUCCAGAAAUGAAAUAAAGAUUAGUCCACUGAGGGUGGAUGCUACUUUUUCUCUGUAUCCCGGCGGCCCUCUAGUUCCCUUAAACAAAAGUAAUCCAUCGCAAGGGAGCGGAUGCGAUCUGGAAUCAUCUCGAGUAGAAAGCAGACCCAUUUCUGAUUAUAUAAUGCUUAUUGAGACUUAUCCAGCGAACCCUGGCAAUGUUUGCACUAACACCAGAUCACUUUUAAGCCAUAUUUGAUAGUGAUUUUGGGGAGUGGGUCUGCGCUCUUGCCCUGUCUCCGGUGAGCAGCCUGCAGCCGAUAGGAAAAUGAGGCUUUUUUGUCUGAGCGGUGCCUGUCUGCUGGUGACCCUGGUGUCUGCCGGUUCUACUCCGUCCCCCGCAGCAGGAACCUCGGGCCCCUUCACAGCCAGCUCCUGCACAACGUGCGGCAUCGGGCAGCCCGAGGAGCUCCGCAAGACGGACACUGUCUUCUUGGAAGCCGUCAAGCGGCAUAUCUUAAACCGGCUGCAGAUGAAAGAGAGGCCGAACAUCACGCACCCUGUCCCCAAAGCCGCAAUGAUCACGGCUCUGAGGAAGUUACAUGCUGGGAAAUUGAAAGAGGACGGCAGACUGGAGAUCCCGAACCUGGACGGCCAUGCGACCUCUGUCUCCAGGAAGGAUCUACUGGAACAAACCUCAGAGAUCAUCAGCUUUGCUGAAACAGAUGAGCUGGCUUCAUCCAAAUCACGCCUGUACUUUCUGAUCUCAAGCGAAGGGAACCAGAAUCUCUUUGUCCAGCAAGCCAAUUUGUGGCUCUACUUCAAGCUGCUCCCGUCUAAGACUGUAAAGGGCACCAGACGCAAAGUGAGAGUGAAGAUCUAUUUCCAAGAAGCUGGGAGCUCCAACAAGAGGGCAUCGGUUGAAAAGAGGGUGGAUCUCAAGAGAAGCAGUUGGCACACAUUCCCCUUGACCGAGCACAUCCAGGCGCACUUCCAGAGGGGAGAGAGGAGGCACGACCUCGAAGUUCACUGCGAGGGCUGCGAGAGCUUGUCGGUGACUCCCACCUUGGUGGACAGCAACGACGAAUCCCACCGACCCUUUCUGGUGGUCCAGGCUCGCACUCUGGACUCCAAGCACCGGAUCCGCAAGCGGGGCCUGGAGUGCGACGGCCGAACCGACCUGUGCUGCCGACAGCAAUUUUACAUAGAUUUCCGACUAAUCGGCUGGAAUGACUGGAUCAUCGCCCCUACGGGUUACUACGGCAACUACUGCGAGGGGAGCUGUCCGGCGUACAUGGCUGGGGCGCCGGGUUCCGCCUCGUCUUUUCACACGGCUGUGGUGAACCAGUACAGAAUGCGUGGCAUGAACCCCGGCUCCAUGAACUCCUGCUGUAUCCCCACCAAGCUCAGCACCAUGUCCAUGCUCUACUUUGACGACGAGUAUAAUAUCGUGAAGAGGGACGUGCCCAACAUGAUCGUGGAGGAGUGUGGCUGUGCAUGAGAGAGGCUUCAAGGGAGCAAGUUUUCAAAGAGAAAUCCAUCUUUUUAUUUCCCCUCAGAGAGUGGGUUCGUUGUCGCGCCACUGUCACCCAGCUGAAUUUACCAGGUCGCCGACUUAAUUAAACCACCCAAAUUUUGUCAUUUUGGGGUUGACUGUGAUUUCAAAGGUCCCCGCCUGACUUGCAGCCAUUACAGAUGAAGGUGAAAGGCUGCAGAUUGUGUACGCGGCUCACAUCGACGGUACCCCGCAGAGUGAAGUCAUUCCUUUUUGUCGAUUUGGUGCGGAGCAAAGGCUGAUGACGACUCCCUGCAAGUAGCAAAAACACACAUUAGUGAUGUAUUUAAGUGGUGCUAGAGACGCCGUUAAAGCGGAGGUUUCUUCACAGGCAUUCCGCUUCCCUGAAUCAGAAUAAAAAUAAUCGAACGUUUAAUUAUUUAUACCGCAAAAGAAAACUUAUGUGUUACAUUAUGACAAGGCUGGGUGUGCAUAAUCAGAGUGUUCUUCCGGUGGAUUACUCCUCAGUUUGAUUCGGAGGGAGAGUGGGGAUCGAGAUACCUCUCUGGGGAAACCUGCAAUACACAUCUUUGUUUUUCAGCGAAUGAACUAUAAUCCCACCUCCUCCUACUCUCAAUAACGUCUGCUCCGUGUGUUGCUACACUGCAGGCAUCUGGGAACACUGGGGUCUCUGUUGUCUAAUCUGACCGUGCCUGCAAUCGGGACGGGCGAGUCUCAAUUGAAACUUUCUGGCGAUGAUUUCACAAGUUUUCACCAACUCAAAGGAAAACAUCGAUUCGACCAGUUUUGAUGCAAUUGUACUUCAGUAGUGCAUUGGAACACAUAUUUUGCCCUUCCCUUUUAUCUUCCUUCUUCUUCACCUGUCUCUCUCCGCCACCCCUCCCCCUCCCCUCCCCCUACAACCCUCCCCGCACUGUUGACAGAUUGUAUGUGAAUUCAGAGUGGGCUGAAUGAACGAAACCUGUGGAUGGGCCAGUUGUAUUAAAAUGGCCCUUCAGUAACAACGCGGUUGAAGAUCACUCCAAUCAUGAAUACCCUGUCGUAGUCAGUCAAUGUCACAUUCAAUCAGAGGUUCGAGUUGUGUAGCACUGACAAUGUAUUGAAAGCACAUUUCGCACUUGCAUAUCUUAAUGCCUUGAAAAAUCGUGGUACAACGGUGCACUUAUCACAAAUUCUGCAGUUCCAUUCGCUUCUUAUUAAAUAAGUGCCGGUUGGGAGCUAUGCAAAGUAAAUCUUAAGCGGUAAACAGGUGAAUUCCUCGGAUUUAAAAUCUGUGCAGUUACUUGAAGCUAAAUCUUUCGCUUCCUGUAUUUGGCGAAUGAUUGUUUAUAGAGUUUUUUUUCGCGUUUUCUAUUUGCACUGAGAAAUUGCGUUGAUUAGUUUAAAAAACUGCCAUUUUUAAACAAAAAUGAAAUUGUUAUUUUUAUAGAAAGAAGAAUUCUGGGGGGAGGGGGAUAUUGAAAUGUAUUAUACAUAUCAAUGUAUUAAAUAAUUGAACCAAAGAGGACAACUAUUUAGUGUUAUGUAAACGUCAUUGGGCAGAAAGGCUGUUGAUGAGUUUAGUGGUAGUUUGACUAGAAUGAAAGUGAGCUCUCUGUUAGCUUCAUGUCGAAAUGGAUUCCAGUUCCCAGAAUCCCGCGCAAUUUAUCAAAAGCGCAUGCUCCACAGAGCGAGCUGUCACAUUAUGACCAGGUCAUGCACUUAUUUUGCGUUGAAUACACGGCAAUUAAAAGAAAACUGGUUCAGAUUCAUCUUCAUUUAUUAGCUAACAGCUGUAGUAUUUGGCGCCUCUGUGUACAGUUUGGCUACAAUAAAAAC